GGUUUUGAUCAAGGGCAGGAGCAGUAGUUCCAUGGCCUGGGGUUUGUCUGAACCUGCAGGCGUCAGAGCCGUUUCCGAGUAGCCGCUGCUUAGGGCUGUUUGGGCUGCCUCGGCCAGCCAGGCGCGCUUCUCUCGGGCCGGCAUCUGGAAGCCCGAGCACCGGCGGACGGAGGCAGGGUCAGGGAAGCCAGUCCGUGCUGCGGGCAGGAGCGAGGGCGCUGAUCCCGGUGUGACCACAUUACCCCCAACACCAUGGCGUGGGGUUGGAUUUCCACAUGGGAAUUUUGGGGGAGGGUGAUAAGCAUUUAGUUUAUUGCGGGCCCCACUGCAUUCCCAAGGGCCUUGCAGGGGAGAGCGGGCCCCGCUGCUGCAGUUGUCCCCCUCGGGUGGUGGGUGGGCAGGUCCCUGGCGGCUGGAGGCCUAGCCAGGCUCUGGAAGUGGGGCACGCCCUGCGCCCCGCAGCAGUGCUGCGGUCCUUUCCUAGACAUCCUUCUCGCGACCUUUCAGUUUCUCCCCAGAAACGAACGCGAUCCGCCCAGUGCGGUGCUGGUCUCUGCGAUGCUGCUGUGUUGUCAAGGCCCACCUUUCCCGCUCGGCACCCCGCCCUGCACACCUCAGUGCGAGCUGGCCCGCUAUUCGCCUUGGGGGAAGCUGCCCUUUCACACGGCUGUGCCCCCAGCAGGGCUCAGGCAGCAGGGAGCCUUCUAACUUAUUUUUAUGGUGGGGCUCUCUUCCCCGGUGUUCUUCCUCCUGGGAGGCAUCGUCCUUCUCAUGAUAGCACUUCCACCUCCACUGGCAUCUGUUAAAACGGCAUCGAUUACAUUUUCUGUCCGCGAAGAUGAAACCACUUAGGUUUUUAAACGUCGUUCUGCUGCUAUUCCUUCCGGUUCUUACUUUUUGUUUUGUUGUCAAAGUCCGUUUUCUCAGCACUUUGCUCAUUCUUCCUUAUCUAGUGAGCUCUUUACAGGCGUUUAGCAGACGGUUCUGAACGAGCCCUUGCCCAGCUUGGGCACCGACCGAGUCCUGUGCACGUUCUGUGGAUGCACAGCCGCUGCCGCUUGUGAGGAAAAGGGGGCUUGGUGGGGGCCUCUGAGGAGGUGAAACCUGCUUCUUCCAGACAUCUGGGCUACUCUUCUCAUUCCUGCUCGAAUUGACCUUGUCCAAGUUCUUUUACCUCUUGAGCAUUCUUUUAAAAAGAUUUGUUGGAAUUUUAGAGAGGUGGGGUGGGAGCAGAGAGAAACAUCCAUUUGUUGUUUCACUUAUUUGUGUACUCACUGGCUGAGUCUUGCAUGUGCCCUGACCAGGGAUUGAACCCACAACCUUGGAUGGCACUCUCAUCAACUGAGCUGCUGGCCAGGGCUUGAUUAUUCUUAUCAGCCUUUUGCAUACCUGUAAUCGGUUUUCUUUGUACUCCUCCCUUAAUGGACAUUUUGUAGCACUGGUCCCAGCUGAUGUUUACUUUUACCUGGGUUCAGCUCUAGAGUAGCAGUUUUUCUUAAUUUAAUUUUAUAUAUUUAUUUUUAGAAGGGAAGGGAGAAAGAGGGAGAGAAACAUCGGUGUGCCGUUGCCUCCCAUGUGUCCCCUACUGGGGACCUGGCCUGUAACCCAGGCAUGUGCCCUGACUGGGAAUUGAACCAGCGACCCUUUGUUUCUCAGGCGGGCGCUCAAUCCCGUGAGCCACACCAGCCAGGGUGAGAGUAGCAAUGUUCUUAGGGUUGGUUAGACACUUAGGACCAUGUAGCAGUCGAUAUUUCUGUGUGGAGCCUGGGCUCACAGAUCCUCCUAAACCUCUCCCUGUGUUUGAAAUAAAAAUUCUACCCCUUACUUUACUCUUCAAAACCAGACCUCAGUUACAAAACACAGCUGGUGUCCAGGGUUUUUUCUUUAUCUCUGAAGAGAAUGCUCUGAAAGUCCUCCUUAAGACACAGCUCUUUCUCCUCAGUGACUGUGGCUCUUGAAGGUAGUGUAAUAACGAUAUUUAUAAAGUGUUUGGAAUAGAUUAUGUGUUAGCUGCUAACUUCAUUAGCCGUGGCAGCAAGCCCAUGAUAUUGUUACUAUUAUAACUCCGUUUUACAGAUGAGGAAACUGAGGCACAAGAGCUUAAGGGAUUUGCUCAAAGUCACAGAAUUAGUAACUGAGAACGUGUAGAAGAAUGUCCUUGUUCACAGUAGCCCCAAACGGAGGCCCAGCUGUCCAUCAACAGUAGACUGGAUGAACACGCUCCAGCACAUCCCCACAGCAGAGCUCUGUACAGCAGUGGGAAUGACUCUGGACUGCUGAUACGCCCAAGUAGCAGAUGCGGCAGGAAGAAGAAGCCAGGGCACUUGCCUCUGUGUGUAGAACGACACAGCAGUCGGAACCAGUCUGCGGGGUGGGGACAGCAGUGGCUGGGCAGAAGAGGGGCCCUGGUCAGGACGUCCGGUCUCUGUCUGUGCUGCAGCCACGCGGACCUGCCGACUGUGUGAGAAUUAGAGCUGGGCGCUUCUGAGUUGUGCACUGUACUGCGUCUACCUCUGUAGCAGUUUCACUCGUACGGUACCUAAAGGGGAGGAGUCGUUCAGUCUGGGAAGUCAGGGAAGAGUUCUCAGAAAUCAGCCCGGUAUGAGCUGAGGUCUGAAGCAUGAUGGGAAGGGGCUGACUUGGUCAAAGCUGGGGGCUGUGCCCCAAGCAGAGGGGGCACGGUGUGUGGAGGCUUCAAGCCUGGAAGAAGCAGCGGAUCUUUGAGAAACUGAAAGAAGGCUGUAAUCCAGGAGCACGGGGCUAAAAGAAUGUUUGAAGGUGAGAUGGCAAGUUUAACUGCCAUCCUGGAGACACACACAGUGAAAGUGCCCAGACCUCUCAAGGUUCUCGACGCCCCGGGAGGUGGUAGCAUGCUGGUGAUGGAGCAUUUGGACAUGAAGUAUCUGGGCAGUCACGCUGCAAAGCUUGGAGCCCAGCUAGCAGAUAUGCACCUGCAGAACGAGAAGCUCAGAGAGACGCUGCAGAAGGAGGCCGGCACCGUGGGCAGAGGAGGCGGGCAGGCGGACCGCCCUUUCGUGGAGCAGUUUGGGUUUGACGUGGUGACGUGCUGCGGAUAUCUCCCCCAGGUGAAUGACUGGCAGAGAGACUGGGUCACGUUCUAUGCCCAGCAGCGCAUUCAACCCCAGAUGGACAUGGUGGAGAAGGGCUCUGGGGACAGAGAGGCCCUCGAGCUCUGGUCUGCUCUGCAGUUGAAGAUCCCUGACCUGUUCCUCGGUCUGGACAUUGUCCCAGCCCUGCUCCACGGAGACCUCUGGGGAGGAAACGUAGCAGAGGAUUCCUCGGGCCCGGUCAUUUUUGACCCGGCGUCUUUCUAUGGCCACUCAGAGUAUGAGUUGGCAAUAGCUGGUAUGUUUGGGGGCUUCAGUAGCUCCUUCUACUCGGCCUACCACAACAAGAUCCCCAAGACCCCUGGAUUUGAGAAGCGCCAGAAGUUGUAUCAGCUCUUCCACUAUUUGAACCACUGGAAUCAUUUUGGGUCAGGGUACAGAGGGUCCUCCCUCAACAUCAUGAGGAAUCUCAUCAAGUGAGCCUGUUCGCCUCUGCAAGGAGGCCGGUUCGAGGAGUGUGCUGGGGCCUCAAGUUCAGGUAUACCAGAUCCUAGCUUGGUGCCUGAGGCCAGCCCCUCUUGCUCCUCCACAGUCCUCUUCACACACCUGGGGCAGCUUCAGACCAACUUUGCAAGCCUUAGGAAGUACGUAGUGUCUCAGAAGAAAGGUCAUCCUAAAGCUGUACAUUGUUAGUCUUCAUAGCUGGAUAAGCCACACUAGCAAUAUGGUGUGAACAGAGGGACCUGUGGGCGUCGGCCACAUUGAGCCACACAGCUGCCCCCAAGGUAGAGAGGGCAGUGGCUGGUGCCCCAUGCACUGCUGCUGAAGGCACCUGCCACCAGCCCCUCCUCGUUUCCAGGAACAACUCUGAAGUUCCGGAUGAAGCUAUUCAGUGGCUAAGGCGUGGGUUUAGGCAAAAAACUAUCUUUCUAGGAGCAUCUGAUAUGACCAGUCCCAGCACUGACACAUUCCCUGUGCUUUCUGUGAGCGCUCUGGACCAGCCGCAGGCUGAGCAGGCCUGAAAAUGAUUUUGGGAGUGACCAAACUGCCAGCCUCAGGGUGUCCUCAGUACAUUUAGGAGCCACUGAAUUGCUCCUCUUCGCACCCCAUCUUGUCUGCCGCUUCCUCUGCAUCAGGUACAACCAGCACUAAGCUGGUGUCUGCCCUCCUCCAGCCUUGCAGGGUGAGGAACAUGCAUGACAGGCACCGAUGCCACUGAAUCCUCCUGCGUAAACUUUCAGUGGUUUCAGUGAUGCCAGAGAGGGUUUUCUUCCUUUGAAUUGUUCAUUGUUUUUCCUAGCUGUUUGCCAAGAAACCUUUGUAAUGUAUCAUUAUAAUAAAUUGUUUCUUAAAAGAGA